UCGCUAAAGCCACAUUCCUGAAUGACAUCAUGAGCCCUGCCUAUGAAACUUUUGUUAUUUUUUCCCUCCACCGACUUCACUUGUUCCCACAAAUCCGGUGACGGAGACGCCUUAUAGUUUUCCAGAGCAAACUAACAUAUAAUUCAGUAUCCGCUGGCAGCUGAGCUCCACAAAGAUUCUUAAAAACAAAAAAGAGAAGAUACUAAGCACUUUAUACAUUGCUUCUUAAAAAUCUGCACCACUUCCUUAAAUUUCUGCUUUCCUGUUGCCAUGGAGAAGGUCCAGUACAUAACCCGCUCCGCUAUGAGGAGAGCCUCCACUAUUGAGGUGAACCCACAAACACGCCAAAGGCUUCAGGAGCUUUUUGUAAAUUUCUGUCUUAUCUUAAUAUGCCUCUUGCUUAUCUGCAUCAUUGUGAUGCUUCUCUGAAGUCCAGCUUCUUUGAUUGAUCUUCAUCACGCUAUACAAUGAGAAAGCCACGUCCAGAGGAGAAAAGGAAACAAGAAACUUCCAGCACAAGAAAAACUUGCAAGAAGGUCCAGCAUUUGGACUAAGCGAUUUCUCAACAGCUGCACUAUUCACUAUUAGCAAUCGUAAUAAUGUUAAACGCCCCUGUAUUGAACUGUGAUUUCAACCCUUCCGUCACAAGGCUAUGAAUGAGUUACUUAU